AUGCCGUCUGUGUUGGCGGUGGCAGUCGAUAAACGGAGGGUCGAGGACAGCAGUCUUUCAGGCUCGCCUGAUCUUCACGUUCUCAGGUUCGACACUUGCGUCAUCGAACCGACCGACAACUCUGACAUCACGACUGGCUGCUCUCCAUCCCGUUUGUUCGUCCUGACUUCCUUGUUCUUCUUGUACGACGGUUCAUCCAAGUCAUUAAAAUUUGCUACAACGAACAGUCAGCCAGGCGUCUGUUUCGUUACGAAUACAGUAUACAUUACGUGCAAAAUGGAAGGCUACCUCGUUCUCCACAGCUUCUUGAGCAUUUGCUUUGAAUUUCCGCUGAUCAUCAUCUUGAAUCGUUGGAGUAGCAUAGGUGUGCUGCUGCUCCCGCGGCCAGCAGAGGGCAGUGAGCAGGUUCCAGUCAGAGCCUGCCUGAGUCCUCCAGCAGCCUGCGCGGCCCUGGGUAACUCGCGCGACGGCCUAGCCGGCGUUAUUUUCUAA